GGAUAAUAAAAGAGGAAAAGUAUAUAUUUGGAUGAUAUAAUUCAUGAAAAAUCUCAAUAUCACGUGCUACGUUUUAUUGAUAUAGAAUUCUAAUUUUUUUCUAGAAUUCUGAUUGUUUACUCAAUUAAAUAUCACGUGUUCAUCGUCAAUGUGACAGCAUAUCAAUUUUAUAAUUUAUUAUAUAUUUUUUAUUUUUAUCACAAUUUUACAACAUUUAUAUUAACGCGUAUGUUGUACGUAUUUGUUAGAAAAAACUCAGAAAAGAAGAUAAUAUUUUAAUUAAAAUGUGAUAAGAUCGUCUCCGGAACCCUCGUAUCUUGCGAUUGAUAUAAAUUCGAAAUCAAACUAUCUAUUUUAAUAAAAAUGAAUUUUCGUGAUGCUUCAAUGUCCUUUUUAAUUUUUGACAAAAAUUUUUUGCUUUUUUUCUAUACUAGCUAAUGGAUAGAAAUUUUUUUAGAAUAGAAACUUUCUCUUGACAUUUUAUGAUUGAUUUAUAGUAUCUUUUCCAAGAAUUUCUUAUUGUUUGCUUACAGCUUACAGGUAUGGACUUAUAUAGACAAGAUAACGGCUAUUCAUGUAAAGAAACGUGACCAUCGUCCAAAAGAUUUGAAAAAUUCCUACUUUCUGGUCAGGAGUUAACAAAAAAUUUACCGUUAUCGUAUCAGUCAGGUAUCGAAAUGCCAUAUCACAAAAGAUGACUCAUCAAAUAUUGGUCCCUCGAACGAUUGGGCCGCGUCAGAGAAACGUCGUAAGUAGCACGCGCCAAUCGUCGUUAAGAACGCCAAGUUAAAUGUGGCUGGAAGAGAGAAUCGCACAGACAGUCUGAUGUACCAUCGUGUAUAUAUAUCGCCGUACGUACGUCUUUUUCUCUUCUUUUUUUUUCCCAGUUUCGCGUAUCUCAGUUGUGUCAUCAGUGUCGAGACAAAUUCGUCAAUAUCAAGAAAUAUACAUAUUUAUAUAUAUAUCUGACAGUUAUUCCGUCAACGUAGCCGUCCCGCUCGUCACGGCGAAGCCGCUGUCGAAUCCCGAGGCGGCGAGCGACGCCGCGGCGUUUCGCGUCGCGGUUACGCGCAGUGAGAGUUGAUCCAGCGUAGUGCGAGGUAGUGGGUGCGGGUGUUGGACCUGAAGUGUGAUUACGCGCCUCCACAUACAUAAAACACUUAUACAUAUAUAUAAGGCUCGUCGCCAUAUUGUGCCAUCGAGAAGGGUGACGCCGUCGCGUCGAAUGCAUGCGAUCGGCCAUCCACCAGGAGUUUCCCGAUAGACUGAGAGAAAAAAAAAAACGUUAGUUAGAAAUUAUCAUAUUUCUCGCGAGCAUGUUAUCGGCCGAUACGAGCGGCCACUGCGGAGUGAAUACUUGAUUUGACUCCCGUAGUGGCGUGUGUCACGAGUCCACGAUUCUGCCCGACGCGUCGCGCGUCAGAUUGGCGAAGGCCGCGCGAUGUUAUCACGUAUACACCACGAGACGUUUGAAAUAGUCACGGCGGAUUCCGAUGAGCUGUGUCACGACAUUAUUCGCCAGGUCGAUCCGCGACUCGCGGAUUUUUCCCGCGUUCAUUCGGCAUCUCGUGGUCGAGACGGACGAGGGGGGAAAUCGAUCGUUUUGCAUCGCCAUGUUGGAUAGCGUUAACGGAACCUGUACGAUAUCGACGAUAACCACGUACACGUCAUGGCGGAACGCUACGUAAAGCCACACGCGGAAAAGCUUCGCCACGUGUCGACGAUUUUCUAGAAUCGUCCCGCCUGUUAGUUUGACGCGCCUCAGGCGAUCGUUGAGACGCGGUCGGUACCUACGAAGUCGGUAAUUAUGGAUUUUGCGUCUCGCGCUUUCCCAUGAUGCGUCGCGUGGCAACAGAGCAGAAUCGUGGAAUCGGACCGUUACUCGACACAGCGAUUACUCAUACAACAUUUAAGUUUCUCGCUCUGCAAAAGCUGAUUCUCCACGAUACACACAAGUUGGUCGACGAUACAGAACUUUAUUAUUAUUAUUAUAUAAAAGAAAGAAAACUCAGCUAUAUUUCAUCUUCAUCGAAAGUGCAUUAUGGGUGAAUAAUGAAACGAUGGAAAUUAACCGUUGAUUUUAGCCUUGGUUGCUCAAGUGUACACGUAUAUAACCAAAUAAAGAAUUUAUGAAUGCCAGUACAUAUUUCCAUUUGUCUUUAUGUAUAUAAGUAUUUAGAUAAUAUUCAGGCUAACACCUGAAUUUUUGUCCUAUAUCUCAAUCGAUAAAUCCGGAUUUUUCCAUAUACCUCAAAUACUACUUCUAGAAGCUUCUCCCAUGCGUCCCUGUUCUGCGCGAUACAGUCUAGCGUGGGAUUUGUAAGAAUUCGGAUGGAUGGAUGGACCAGGAGUGGUGCGUAGCGACGCCCCCGCAGUUCCCAAUCAUCCAAUAGGAUUGAUAUCGACAAUAGAUCCGUUUCUAUCGAAAUAAAGAGACCACGGAAUCUCCGUUAGGCGUCGCUGUGGUGGUUCGUAAUUGGCGCGCUUGCGUUCGGCUAUGUUCGGCUCGUCAAAGUCGUUGCUCGUCGCGGCAGUGCGCGGCGAGGGAGGUAGACGGACAGGUCGUGCGUGCGGAACGGCGGAACGGGACCAUUUCGGUACGUCGCGGAAGAAUGCGUAGCCAUUGUUGGUGCUGCGAUCGUUAGUUUCUAGAUCCGCGAGAUCGCCAUGGGCACGGAAAGGGACUCGAUCGCGUCAAGCUCGAGGAUCACAUCGACGAAGCACGACGCGAGCCAUUGAUACGUGUGCCGAAUCGCGCCGCUGAGACACGGACGUGUGUACGCCAUGUUGCUUGUAAUGUCGCGAGUCUUGCCUGGAGGUACGGAGUCUCACAGCAGUAUACAGGGCUGACAUUCAAAGUACUACCGCUCGGUAGGCUUGAGUAGUGUUAUGUCUCCUCGGCACCAAUCCUCCUGGUCGCAGCGCAAUCGUCUUGGCAAGCAAUUAAUGAGCUGCCAUGCUCAAUUCAGAAUAUAUACUUGCCAUCUCAAUUGUUGAUGAAGCCUCAUAGCGUCAAGCAUCAACGUAAGGCAGUUACCUGCUGCGUAGCAUUUAUGUAUCAUAUAUGUCGGAAAGAAACGAAGUCAAGAUGCAGCAGGUGGACACCAUCUCGCAGAACAAUUCUUUAGAUGUGGAGGAGCGAGAAAGGCUGUGUAAUAUACCGAAGACGAGCACACCUGGCAAGGCUUCUACUACGCCAGCGAGUCCUGCAAAGGAACCGCCUCCACGUGAUGAACCACCCUUGGAACCGGUGAAUGGCAUAGUUCAACCACCGGUCGUUCCACCGCCGAAUCGUCCAGGACGUAUUACAAACCAAUUGCAAUUUUUGCAAAAGGGUGUCCUAAAGCCAGUAUGGAAGCAUCAAUUUGCCUGGCCCUUCCAACAACCUGUCGAUGCGAAAAAACUCAAUUUACCAGAUUAUCACAAAAUCAUCAAAAAACCAAUGGAUUUGGGCACAAUCAAAAAGCGAUUGGAAAAUUCGUAUUACUGGAGUGGAAAAGAAUGUAUUCAGGAUUUCAAUACUAUGUUCACCAACUGUUAUGUUUACAACAAGCCAGGAGAGGAUGUUGUAGUCAUGGCACAGGCUCUCGAAAAAUUGUUUCUUACGAAGGUUGCGCAAAUGCCGAAAGAAGAAGUAGAGUUAGAUCCGCCUGUUCCAAAAGGACCCAAAGGCAAGAAAGCUGGAAGAGUCGGUGGACCAGGAGUAGGUGGAAUAGCGAGUGGUACAGGGGCAGGUAGGGGACGGCCAUCUUCUGGUGCAGCCGCUGUUACUUCCAGCGUACCAAAUAGUCUAACACCUUCUGCUACAUCGGCUGGUACAACAGGCGUUAUACCUAUGCCGCCUCUCGGUACUCAGGCACCAGCUUCAGUACCUGGAAGCACAAAUACAACUACCAUUGCUCCACCAUCAAGUAUGGGUGUCACACCGAUGGCUACUCAUAAUUCUUUGCCUCAGCAAGUUGUCCCUCCAACCACGGGUUAUCAUGCGCAACCGGCGAUGGAUCCUCAAACAGCUUCUGCUGUACCCCCACCUCCACAGGUACCCACGACGCCCACUGUGAUGCCUCCAUCACAACCUGCCAAACUCAAAAAAGGAGUUAAAAGAAAAGCUGAUACUACAACUCCUACUGCAAAUGCGUUCGAUCCAUUGUAUGCACCUAUAGAUGCCAAGAAUGCCAAAAUACCUACGAGAAGGGAAUCUGGCAGGCAAAUCAAAAAGCCAACAAGACAAGCGGAAGACGGCUUAGUGCCAUACCAUCAGGCUAAUAUGCCUCUUAUGGGGGCAAUGGCCCAACAGCCUCCGCAUGUUGGUGUUAAAGGAAAAGAAAAAUUGUCUGAAGCACUAAAAUCUUGUAAUGAUAUCCUAAAAGAACUUUUCGCUAAAAAGCAUUCGCCCUAUGCUUGGCCUUUCUAUAAACCUGUUGAUGCAGAACUUCUAGGCCUUCAUGACUAUCAUGAGAUUAUCAAGAAACCUAUGGAUCUUGGUACAGUAAAGACAAAAAUGGAUAAUCGUCAAUAUAAAACUGCGCAUGAAUUUGCGAGUGAUGUACGACUUAUAUUUACUAAUUGUUAUAAAUAUAACCCUCCCGAUCAUGAUGUUGUUUCAAUGGCUAGAAAACUUCAAGAUAUAUUUGAAAUGAGGUAUGCAAAAGUUCCCGAUGAACCAAUGGGAAGUAGUAUGGUGGCUAUGAAAGGAAGUAGCAGCGGUAGUGGUAGUAGUUCUGGAGGGGAUAGUUCCUCUGAUAGUGACGACUCUGUUGAAGAACGUACUCAAAAAUUACUUGAAUUACAACAAGAGUUAAAAGCUAUGCAAGAACAAAUGAGAAAAUUAGUAGAGGAAAGUGGAAAGAAGAAAAAUAAGAAAAAGAAACCAGAUAAACCAAAAUCAAAGCCAAUGAGCAAUAAGAAUAGCAGCCUUGUUGCCAGUCAUACUGGUGCCAUGAAAGAACUUAUGAAACCGAGUGGUGGCAUUCCCAAUGUCUCUGAUAGUGUUGGUGCUAGUAUAGCCAGUGUUGCAAUGGGUGCAGGCGAUUUGAAAAUGCCUGGUGGUAUGGCUAGCGAUUUGCACCAUCAAACUACAGCAAUAGGACCUAAUAAGACUCACACUGCUGGAAGCUUAGGGCAUCAUUUGCCAACUGCAGCAAAUGCUAAACCAAAAGGUAAAGGUCGAGGACCUGGAAAAGCUGCCACAACUGCGAAUACUGCAAGUAAAAGGCCGAAAGCUAACAGCAGAUCAACUGGAACUAAAAAGAAAAAUACUGGCAAUCAACCACCUCCAAUUACAUUCGAUUCAGAAGACGAAGAUAAUGCUAAACCCAUGUCUUAUGAUGAGAAGAGGCAGCUUAGCCUGGAUAUUAAUAAACUACCAGGUGAUAAAUUAGGUCGUGUUGUACACAUAAUACAAUCUCGGGAACCAUCGUUGAGGGAUUCAAAUCCAGAUGAAAUCGAAAUUGAUUUUGAAACAUUGAAACCAUCAACACUUAGAGAAUUGGAGAGUUAUGUUGCAUCAUGCCUCAGAAAGAAGCCACAUAAGAAAGUUAGUGCUAAAUCCAAGGAUGAACAGAUGGCAGAAAAGAAACAAGAAUUGGAGAAGAGAUUACAGGAUGUAACGGGACAGCUAGGCAAUGUCAAGAAAACUGCCAAGAAAGAAGACAGUAGUAAGUCUGUUGAUGUAGUUGGAACGGGUGGUGCCAGUGGACCUUCGCGAUUGUCGGCGUCAAGCAGCAGUAGCAGUGAUAGUGACUCCAGCAGUAGUUCGCUUUCUUCAACAAGCACUGAUUCAAGCGACAGUGAAGCAGGUGCACCUACAUUAAAUCAUAGUGGAGCUCUUUUAUUGAAUAAUCAACCAGCGAAUUCUACGGGACCAAUAACAAAGCCGCCUGUUAGCCAAUCAAGCAAUAUUUCUUCAGAACAAGGAGGCAAUAAUAAUCAACAGCCUGUCGCAGUGGCUGCUGUCACAACAGGGCAAAGUAUACCUGUUGCGAGUCAUGCGUCUAUGCCAGCUCAACCAUCGCGACCUACAGCUCUGGCUACGGCCGCUCCUGUAAAAAAACCAACACCACCACCACCGACAACAUCUAAUCCACCAACUCCGUCGGUCUCUGUACCAACUCCACCGCCCAGCGUCACACCUACAAAUACAAAUUCUAUGACAGCUUCACCAGCUGUAUCUCAACAACCACCGCAGCAGCCACCAACGUCCAUUAGUUCCUUUCCAAAUGCAAAUACAUCCGUACCCACAGACGGAACAAAUUUAAAUCAACAGUCUGAUCUUUUACAGCCAUAUAAUGCUUUAGCUUCGGUGCCUACUACACAGUCCUCCUUGGAUCAAACGCUCGCAAUCAAGAAGGAGUCUCCGUUUAUUCAAACACAGCCCACCUUGGAUCAAACACUCGCAAUCAAGAAGGAGUCUUCAUUUAUUCAAACGUCUCAUACAACGAAUAAUACUAACAACAAUACCAAUCUCAAUUUACUACCGGAUGUAAAACCUGUCAACAUGAUGCCGAGUAUGACUUCUAAUCUGAACUUGGGCAACAUUAAUAUGACCAAUUUAAAUAUGAAUUUGCCGCAAGGACUGGCACAUAUGUCCAUGCACAAUCAAUUGGAGAAUAUGAUUAAUACUACUGCACCAUUGACUAAUAUACAGAACUCUCACAAUGUUACGAUAUCGCAGCAGCAUUCCAACGGAUUUCCAAAUACAAAACGCGGAAAUUCACCAUCCAAUAUGCUGAAUAACAAUGGUAUUCCAGGAUUAAAUAUGGGAAUGAAUAUGGGUGGCAUGAGUUCGAUAUUCGACCCCCUUCCUAUAACAUCUAUGCCAAUGCAGAUUUCUCAGAUUCCUCUAAAGAAAGACGAAAAACCAUUGCCAAUUUCUCAACCUCAACUGACGCAGAAACCUAUGGAUGCAGGAGCUUUUUUUGCAGAAAUGAACACCUUAGGAAUGCCAUCAAUGGGUAAUCAUGCCAGCACUCAACUGAUGCCUGAAAAGAAAAUGACCCCGCCCGAUUCGAAAAAUCCCGCUGCAAAUUUUGCAUCAGCUUUUAAAAAUAAGACUGUAGAACAGAAUGUAAAGAACGCGUCAUCCUGGUCUUCCCUGGCACAAGCAUCGAGUCCACAAUCGGCAGCUGCAGGGAGUAGUAUGAAAAGUGCAGCGCGAGACACAUUCCAGGCAUUCAAAAAGCAAGCUAAAGAAAAACAAGAUAGGCAAAGAGCUUUAUUGGAGCAGCAAGAAAUGCGCAGACAACAGAAGGAACAAGCGGAGCGAGAAAGAUUGCGACAGGAAAAUGAAAGAAGACGGGAGCGAGAGGAAGAAGAUGCUCUGGAUAAAGUUAGAAAAAAUGUUGGAGAUCAGCAAGGCAGUGUUAUGACUGCUACAACCAGAGCAGAAGAAGUAAAAGCAAUUACUGACACUGAUAGUAGUAGUCCAAGUCAUUCGUCCAGUCAAGAUAAGUCGGCUGCAGAAAGAGAGCGUCUGAGGCAACGAGAACAAGAGCGCCGACGACGAGAAGCGAUGGCUAGCCAAAUUGACAUGAACAUGCAGAGCGAUUUGAUGGCUGCGUUUGAGGAAUCUUUAUAAUGUUACUAUAUCCUGUUUAUAAUAUCCACAGAACUUGGAAAAAGUUCUGUGUAUGUUUGGUAUUGAGCGAUGUUGUAUAAAUCUUUAAAUAUGAUACCAAUCGAUAAACAAAAACAAUGCAAACAAAGAUAAAUAACGAUGACGACCGAUAGGUCAUGUGCUAAUUAUCAUAAAUGAUGAUAUAAUUGGGCGACAUACCAACGGAAGAUCCUUGGUCGUCAGAAGAUUGAAACAAUUUAACAGUUAAACCGAGACAAAUUAUAUUGUCUUGAGAAUGACAGACACUUAAGUGCGACUAUGUAAUUAGAUAAAUACUUAUAUGAUACUUCAAAAAUGCUACACUGAUUAUUGUGUUACAUUUUUCCGGUUUUCAUAAGUUUGUACUUUAUGUAAAUUUGGAAACAACAUAUUAUGCAAAUAAGAGAGGUUUGCAUGUGAUAAUCGAAUGCGUGCGAUUAAAAAUGAAUGCUGGCUUAGAGAAGAGUAAAAAACGUGUAUAUUUAGUUAAGUUUUGUAUUUUUCCACAUUGAGUCAUUAAUCGUUGGUAGGAUUACAUAGAAAGUAUUUCUGCCAAUAAUAUAUGUAAUUAUUAACUAUCAUUAAUAUCGCUUUUGCAAAUUUCUUUCUUAAUUAUUCAUAUACGCUGUUUGUAAUCGCGAAAAUAGCUGAGCGUAUUAAGUGAAUAUAAAAAAAUGUAAAAUAAUAUGAACAUCCAAGAACCUGAUGAAUUUAAUAAUGAUCAUCACGACUGUCCGCUUGUGGCUUCAAUUGAUCAACUCCUGAUCGGUCAGAAUAUUAUUACUUAAUUAAUGUAUAAUGUUGUGAUUGAUUUAAGAGUUAUGAGCCAACUGGUGGAUGCAAAGGUAUUCAUUAACUCACUUUAGAACAAUGUUGUCAAUUAUUACAAAUAAUGAUAAGAUGAUUCUAGAAUUGAAGUAGUUUCGAUCCUACCAACCAUUACAUCAGACUAUGUACCUUAUUCUCGGUAUAUUUUAGGCUCGUGGAAAAGAAAAUUAUGUGAAAGUGACGUUUUUAUUAGAAAAAAAAUUAUAUUUAUUCGAUUAUAUAGGUAUGGUAUCCGCAAAAAAUCGGAAGGUUAUUAAAAUAUAUAAAAAAUUUUGGGAAAAUACGUAUAAUCUUAAAAUGUCAUCUUCUCGAAUUUGACGAGCAAGUAAAGUUGUACGUUAAAUUUUUUGGGCAUGGUCCGAUUAAUAACUGAGCCGCCCGAACAAGAUACACGAAUCGAAUAAAUCCUGAGUAAAAAAAAAAAA